GUCUACCAUGGCCACGACCGCCAAUCUGUCAUCAAACGGUGACGACCCCUUCGUCAAUUCCAAUUCCACUCAACCGAGCCCGCAUCGCUACGCUUCCUUUGACAACCAAGUCUUCUCCUUGUACAACUCGGGUUCACCAGCUCAAGCAAAGCGCGCACUCGAGGCCCAUCUCAAGGACACAGAGCGACGCAUUCAAGAUGCCUCGAAGCUUGGCACCACCCUUNUGCAACAGCGCAAGGACUUGGCUGCCCGUCUGAAAGAAGUCGAGGAUGGCGCAUCCGAGGACAUCACUCCUGAGCUGCAGAAGAAGUUGGAUCAGCUGGAGAAGGAUUACUCCGAGAUUGGCAGGNAUACCGCCCGCGCCUUUNUGCCAAAGUCGCGCAUCGUCUCAACAGACUUCAGCGUCGCUCCACAGAGUCCUGCUGUCUUCGUAUCCGAUUCUCGUCCCUCCCCAGUCAAGCGCAACCCCACCGAAGGCUCCAGACGUCAGCGCAAUCAGCCUACCAACCGUGUUCAUGACAUCGAAUUUGCUACCGAGAUCAGUACUUCUCUUCUCGCCCAGGUCAGACAAUUACAAGCCGUCCUGGCUGAGAAGGAGAAUGCACUUAAGGAUGCCACGACGCAAAAAGAACAGCUCGAGACAGACAUCGGCAAUCUGAUGCAGCGCUUGCGCAUGUUGGAUGAGAGCGAACAGAAGUGCAAGGAUGAGAAUUGGAAUCUCGAGACACAAAUGCAAGACUUGACAGCACAGCUGAAAGAGGCAACCGACAAGGAACAGCGUCUAUCGCAGCAGCUGAAAUUUGCUCAGGCUGAGAAGGACACUGCACAACGCGACUUGGAGGAUCUCAAGGCUGCUCAUGGCAAACUUAGCGACGACCACGAAUCCGUAAAAAAGCAUCACGAAGCUGAGCUCUUCACCUUGCGCCGUGAUGUCAAUAGCCAUCAAACCGCUCGCGAUGCGCUGCUCAAGAAAGUUGAGGAGCUGACGUCUCAGAACACUCAGCUGGCAAAGGCUGUAGCUGCGCGAUGGAACGCUGAUAGCCAGCCCCAGGACAACCAGCGCUCUCUAGGUCGCGAUAAUGGUGAUUCCGAGAUCGCGACCCCUGACGUCUCACCGCAGAACUCUCCAGUCAAGCCUACUCCCCGACAUGGCAUGCUCGAAACCGAAACUCUCAAGUCCUCUCUUACCCACGCCCACCGUAUGAUCCAGAACUUGAAGAACAACAUUCAUCGUGAAAAGACGGAGAAAUUCGAGCUCAAAAGAUUGUUGCAAGAUGCGAGAGAUGAGCUAGAGAACAAGCGUACCGAUGACUUCAAUUUCGGUAGAACUGCUGGCACCUUUGGAAAGCCCGAAAGCGCUGAGACCACGGACGCGUUUGAGACUGCCGAUGAGAGAGGCACAACCGACGCUUUCGAGACAGCCAAUGAGGACGAUGACAAUACAAACACUGAGACUGAAGCCGCCUUCCAAACCGGUGCUGAGACUAUCAACGGCGACAGCAGCGAUGACUUGACCGAGACCGAGUUCAGUCCUGUGAAGAACCAUGGCUCCUCAUCUCGACCUGUUUCCAGACCUGGCCCCUACGCGACUAACAAAGCCGAGAACCGCCUGUCUUUCAUGUCGACAGCAUCCACCUCUGCUGACGAGUUCGAGAAUGUCAAGACACCGAUACAGGGUCAACAGCCUAAGUACAAGCUACGUCUUAGUAAGGGUCGUCGCUCAAACAAUGGCUCUGCCCGCAACAGCGCUGUCUUUGCCAGCGAUGAUAGUCCUGCUAGUCAAGCCAGCCAGAGAACUCCUGUUCAAUUCGGUCAGAGUCUCAGUGCUGAGCUGGACGGUUUGAGCAACGAUAGCGACAGUGGUGAGGAAACUUCGACUGACGUUGGUGUUGAGUCUGCUCCUAUGAGUCCUGAAACUGUCAAGAAGCCUACUCUUGCCGAUGCUCCUAUCAUUACAGAAGUUUCGAGACCGAAGAUGGUCGAUUCUGCGAUGAUGACAGAACCUUGGGAACCUCAAUCCAGUUCUAUCGUUGNNAGCGCUGCCGCGGGUGCUGUCGGUACUGCCAUCGCUGGCGUUGCUGGCUUCGCACUUGGUCAUUCAACUUCUCAUGACGGUCAUGAGACACACGAUGAGACAUCCAGAGCGAUCGCAGAAGACACUGCUCGGGUCCCAUCUGUUGCAUCAUCCAAUAUGCCUGGUCAAUUUGUCGAAAGCGAGCCUGUUUCACAGUCUGUGACCCCCAAGUUGCCAGCGGAAGAGAUCGAACCUAAAGCUUCUGCAACACCUGAGGCCAAGAAGGAGUUUGCAAAUAUCGUUUCACAAGACCUUGCCCCCGUGACUCCUGUACAACCCAAGGCCCAGCCCUUGAAUAUGGCAACAUUCUCAAGCACUCACACUGAGCCUGUUGCUGCAGAACCCGCGCCCAAAGAGCUUCCACAAUUUGCCAUGACAACCCUCUCAUCUUCUCACACUGAGCCUGUGGCCGCUGUCGAACCUAUUAAGGAGACCGAAAAACUUUCCAUGUCGACCUUUAUUACUCACCAUACUGAGCCGGUUGCUGUGGCUCCUAUCAUGAAGGAGCCUGAGNAAGUUCUCCAUCUCGCAAUAUUCGGCUACACAUACCGAGCCUGUUGCGCCUGUUGUGCAGACAAAGAAGCCCGAAGCAUUCUCCAUCUCCACCGGUCCUGCUUCGCAUACAGAACCUGUUGCACCCGCGCCAGCGGCAAAGAAGUCCCGUCUUUCGCCAUGUCUCCCUUCAGAUCCAUGUCAUCAGAACCUGUCAUGGCUUCCUCGCCAGAGACUGUACAGACUCCUUCAUUGGAGUUCUCAUCUUUCACGACCGCUCAUACAGAGCCACGCACUCCCAGCAUGCCGCAACUGGACAAGGAGCUUGAGACUAAGAGAGAUGCGCUCACUUUCUCCACUGUUCGCUCCCAACAAUGGGAGCCGAUGAUGGAUGAAGAUUUGUUCUCUCCUUCCAGAAAUGGCCUGAAGAGAGAUGACGUGUUCUUCGUGGAUAAUGAGAAAUCUCUCUCCGAUGACUUGAAGAACAGUAUUCCAGGCACUGACGGUGUUCGUCCUGGUGCUGCCUUCCUUACUUCUGGAGCUCAAUUCCCUCCUCGUACUAGCAGCAGAGAUGGAUCAUUGACUCAAGAGCCUCGACUGUUUGGUGGGGCCAAGGCCAACAACCAUGGAGAACCAACACUUGUCUUUGCUGAUGAAAACGAUUCGACACCUCAUAUUGAGCAGGAUAGUCACUUCAGACAGCCUUUCGCCGAGGUGUCCAAUAAUGUUGGCACCAGUCAGCGCAGCAUGUCGAACAACGGCGAAAGACCUCUUAUGAAGCGUACCCCCACUUCCGAGACGGGAACACAGACCAUGGUAUCUUCUGAUGAAAUCGACAAGAUGAUGCGCCGCAAGACUCCUUUGACAAUUCCUGCUGUUAACAUUGACGAAGGCACACCCCUCAGACCUGAUAGCCCGAGAAGAGCUUCAGAAACCCCACACUCCGGACGAGGUACCGUUACCCGUGCCCUCGCACCAAUUCCCGCCGGUCGCCCAGACCCUAUGUCCCCUACAACUCGCGCCAGCUCCAUCUCGAGCUUCGUUUCGGAAGUUGAUGAGCGUAUCCAACCUGGUAGAGGCGUGCUGUAUCCUGAAGACAUGAUGCCUGCGACUGACCCCCGCAUGAUCCAAGCUAUCACUCAGACCAUGAUUGGAGAGUAUCUAUGGAAGUACACACGCAAGGCUGGUCGUUCUGAGAUUAGUGCCUCAAGACACAGAAGAUUCUUCUGGGUGCACCCGUACACCAGAACGCUCUACUGGAGUGAGCAUGAUCCUUCCACACUUGGCAAGCAGCAGUCAAAGGCAAAGAGUGUUGCUAUCGAAGCUGUCCGUGUUAUCACAGAUGACAAUGCGUACCCACCUGGCUUGCAUAGGAAGAGCUUGGUGAUAGUAACCCCAGGUCGUGAGAUUGUGUUCACAGCUCCGACUGCACAGAGGCAUGAAACAUGGUUCAAUGCACUUUCUUACCUCCUACUCCGCACUGGCACCGAGCGCGAGAAUGAGGAGAUGACGCAGGAUAUGGUCGACGAGUUCAACCCGACAUUGCGAAGCCAAAGCCGCAACACGGUUCGCACUCGUGUGAGCCUCAGCAGCUACAACAGCAGGACGACUCGCAACUCAUCACCAAAUCGUCCUCAUGCCUCAGAGGUACCAUCCCUUGCCAACCGCCAGUCUGCAGCCGCAUCUCAGCGAAGAGGUGCACAGACUCCUGGCUCAAGUGACGGAUCUCAAGGACGCAUGGGUAUAAUGGGUGGCUUGUUCAAGAGUCCCGGCGGAAGUAUGCGUGGCAGCUUUUCUAGCAGGCGAAGCAAGAGUGCAAUGAGUACUCGCCGACCCCUUGAACCGACGAUAUACGACGCAAGUGUGGUUGAGGACAGCACUGAGGAUCUUGGUACUGUGCUUUCCGGACACGAGCACAAUCACGAUAGAUUGGAGAACNGCAAACAUGAUGUGGGCUCUUUGUCUAGAAGUACGGGACGACACGUCAUGGGCUCAUUGCGGCACACUCACACUAACGGUGCGGCCAUGAGCAACCAACAUCUGACCGCUGAGCCUCUGACUACCUCGAACCGACCGCGACGAGGAGAG